AAGUCAUUCAAACCUGUUAGCUUUAUUGUUAGCCACCUAGCAUGCUACAUGCUACGCUGCCCUGUUCUCUGGGGGAUUCACCGUUAGCUCGUUUGUAGAAACCCGUCCGACGUUGGCGAGGUCGCUGCUUUCUGCUUAGUGACAAGUACCUGGUGGCUAGUUCUUUAUACCUGUAGUAAAAGGCUGUAUUCAGAGUCAGCGUUUAAUGGUGCUGUUGUUGUAAGAGAAGAAUGCAUCAUAGAGCCGUUCAUUCAUAACACCUGAACUGAAGCUGACGUUAAAGAUGUUCCCGAUGGGGGUUGUGUUCCUGGCUCUGCUGGGCCUGAGCUCCACCCGGGUCUGUCCGGAUGGAGGCAUCUGCCGGUACCAGAACACCUGCUGCAAGAACACCGUUGGAGGCUACGGAUGCUGCCCGCUACCAUACGCUCAGUGUUGCUCGGACCACCUGCACUGCUGCUACGAGAGGACGGUGUGUGAUCUGGUCCACAGCCGAUGUGUGAAUAAGACCGUUUCCCUCCCCAUGAUGAGACGCGUCCCUCAGCUUCAGGAGACGCUGAAAGCCGUCAUCUGUCCAGACCAAGAGUCCGAGUGUCCCAACGACGCCACCUGCUGCCAGCUUCUGGACGGCUCGUGGGGCUGCUGUCCACUACCUAAGGCGGUGUGUUGUGAGGAUAAACUCCACUGCUGCCCCGAGGAGACAAAGUGUGACCUCGCUCACUCAAAGUGUGUGUCCUCCUCGCUGGAGUCCUUCCCCAUGCUGGAGAAGCUGCCUGCAAGGAGGAGGCACAAUCACUCCGUCGGCUCGGUGUCGUGUCCCGGGGGGAAAAGCAGCUGCCCGGACGGUUCUACGUGUUGCCUUCUGCCCGGUGGAGAUUACGGCUGCUGUCCGUACUCACAGGCCAUGUGCUGCAGCGACCAUCUCCACUGUUGCCCCAGCAACACGAUAUGUGACCUGGUCCACGGGGUCUGCAAAGACGGGGAGGCGCUAUUUCCGCUGCUGAAGAAGAUCGCCGCUGUGCCCAAUGACGUUAAGUGUCCAGACGAGACGUCGGUGUGUCCCGACCAGACGACGUGCUGCCAGAUGGCCGACGGCUCGUACGGCUGCUGCCCUCUGCCCAACGCCGUGUGUUGCUCGGAUCACGUCCACUGUUGUCCUGAAGGAACCCGGUGUGACGUCGCACACGGCACAUGUUUAUCCACGGUCACCACGUUAGUGGAAGUUCACAAUAAAGUCAGCGCCGUUCCCUGCAACGACUCGGUUGCGUGCGCUGACGGGAACACCUGCUGCAAGCUGGCAGAGGGAGGCUGGGCCUGCUGCCCUCUGCCUCAGGCCGUGUGCUGCGAGGACCACCUCCACUGCUGCCCUCACGCCACCGUCUGCAACCUGCAGGCCGAGACCUGCGACGACCCCUCGGGGGUCCGGCCGUCCCUCCGCUGGGUGGAGAAAGCGAGCGCCGCCCGGGCCGUUGCCGUGGCGACCCCUCCGGCCAGGAACAUGUGCGACGCCCAGACCAGCUGCCCCAGAGACACGACCUGCUGCUUCAUGGGCCGGACACGCAAGUGGGGGUGCUGCCCUCUGCCGAAGGCCGUGUGCUGCCAGGACGGAGACCACUGCUGCCCCAGCGGCCACGCCUGUGAGCCCCACCGCUCCUCCUGCUCCAAGGGACCCCUGGUCCUCGUGCCCUGGUUCUCCAAGCUGAGCGCCCGCAGCGAGGCGGCGGGGGGGGACGCCGCGACGGGGGGGGAGGACACCGCGACGGACGUCAAGUGCGACAACAAGAGCAGCUGCGCCUCUGGGACGACGUGCUGCAAGCUGAAGACGGGGGGGUGGGGCUGCUGCCCGCUGGUGAAGGCCGUGUGCUGUGCCGACCGUGAGCACUGCUGCCCUCAGGGCUACUCCUGCAACAUGCAGACGGGCACCUGCGAGAAGAAGGUCGCCGACGCCCUGCUCCCCCCCCUCCCUCGGGUCAGGGUGGUGCGGCCCGGGGACCACCAGGACGUGGCGUGUGACGUCGGGGGGGCGUCCCGCUGCCCCCGACGUCACACGUGCUGCAGGGUCUCGGCCUCGGAGUGGGGCUGCUGCCCCUCGCCCGGGGCGGUCUGCUGCCCGGACUCAAAGCACUGCUGCCCCGCUGGCUCCUCAUGUGACCCCAAGGCCGGCGGCUGCUCCCCCCAGCCGACCUGGGACAGAAAGAGGGACGUUGUCCCACAUGGACUCUGAGCCCAAGAUGAGACUUGGUGGCAAUGAAGACAUGAUCAUGAAGUAGAAGCCCUUUGAUCAGGUGACGUCGCUGUUUGUUUUGUGUUAUCGGGAUCAGUUUGCUGCAGAUGAUGAGUGACGCUGUGGGUGUCGCUUCAUGGUUUUCUUCAUUUUAACCGAUGUGGAGAUCAAACAUCAACGCGUCACAUUGGCUUCAUGUUGUUUUUUGUAAUCGUUUCAAACUGCUGGAGCAGCGAGUUGGUUUACGUUGUGUUUCAUUCGGUUUUCUGAACAGAUUUGAUAAAAAAUGCAGAUGAACAGAUUGUUGAUAAACUGGUUUCCUUGAUGGUCUUAAUGGAUAUUAUGGUAAAUAAAGUUGUAUAAUUAUAAUUUGUUUUUUUCUCAUUUGUUUUGCAGAGCAGGGAUUUUAAACCUUAACUUGUAUUUGAUGUGGCACUAGGUUAUAGUGUCAGUCUAUUAAAUGGAGAUUACAUGUAUAUAAAUUAGUUAAAUCUGGGUUUUUUAUCAUUCAGUAGGAAAUGAUGCCAUUUGUUGGGACUAGUUUUAGCGGCGGAUGAAUCCACGCUGAGUGUCUGAGAAACAGUGACGGAGCACUAAGGAAUAACAGCAAACCAUCCAAUUAACCAAAAUUACAUAUACUUAGAACCCAAGAAAUGAAACAAUAUAUUAAGAACAAAUGACUAAAUAGCUCCCACAACCUCUUUACAUGUUUUUUUUAAUAAAGUAUUUAUUUGCAUGGAGGGAAUUCAUUUCCUUUGUGGAGUCAGUUCGGUAAUUAAAAGCACAAGGGUCAUGAAGCUCAGUCCCCUCCCCAUUGUUGCUAUGACAACCAGAGUAAACACAGGACAUGACUGCACAGUGCCCUCUGGUGGGCAGAAACAAACUACCAGGGAUUUUUAAUGUCUUAUCACUCCGUACAUUUAGGAAGUCGUGCCAUGAACAAAUCCAUACAAUGUAGUAUGAAUCAGGCAGUGGAUGAAAUAGAAAUAACACCAAAAACAACUUUUAAAAUUUUCAUUCAUAAACAAACUAAAGCUGUCUGAUAAAUGUUACGUAGAAGUAGAACGCGGCACGAGAAGAAAAAAAAAAGCGUACUAGUACCUCGAGUACUUCUAAAUGUACUGAAAGAGCACAGGGGUCACCGAGGGAAUCCACACACUGGUGUGGGGGCGGGGAAGCCGAGGUGUAAGAGCUCGUCACUCACACACAUGGUCCUUCACACACACACCACAGGACAGACAGUCGGGACCCUUCUGCUCCUUCUGCUCCUUCUUCUGCUCCUUCUCCUGCUCCUUCUGCUCCUCCUUCUCCUGCAGCGGAGACCCAGCCUCUCCUCGUCCCUCACUGAGGUAACCAGUUCUGUUGGUGCAGUUUCUCCUGACUUUGAAAACCUGGGCUCAGAUCUGAGGCGUAGCAGAGCAGCCAGUGGUGCAGACAGGAAGUGGAGGCCUGCAGAGGCGGAGCCUUGAUGACGCAGCCCGGAGACUGAGUCCUCGUCAGCUCAUGACAACCAGGCCAGAAGUUUCUCAGUAAUCCUGUUUGCCAACAA